GAAAUCUGGGUGAAUAUUUUGUUGUAGUUCCAAAAAAUAGGUUCUUCCCCCUCCUUUGCAGAACCCACGGGCAUAAGUGCGUGCUCAUGUAAACCAUUAACGAGAGAAAGCCAACAAAACUAAAACAAAAGCAGAUUGUGAUAUAGUCUCACACAUAUAUAUACGUGUGUGUUUGCCUAUAUAUGCGCAGAGAGAAUGGAAUUUCUCAAACCAUCGAUUUUUUUCUUAUUCUUUAUAUUUUCGGAUAUUUUCAUCUACAAAAUUGUAGCAGAGGGCGUUACUACCGAAGAAGCCAAACAGCUCAGAGAUGAGGUGCAUGAUAUGUUCUAUCAUGCAUUUAAUGGGUAUAUGGAUCAUGCUUUCCCUCUUGAUGAACUAAAACCUCUAUCAUGCGAAGGAGAAGACACUCUUGGUGGUUAUGCCUUAACUCUGAUUGACUCCUUAGACACUUUGGCUUUGCUUGGUGACCGGGAGCGCUUCUCUUCAUCUGUUGAAUGGAUUGGUAAAAACCUUCAGUUUGAUAUAAACAAGACAGUAUCUGUGUUUGAGACUACGAUACGUAUCCUUGGAGGUUUACUUUCUGCUCAUCUUAUUGCCAGUGAUUAUGCUACGGGCAUGAAAGUUCCAUCCUACGAUGAUGAAUUACUUCAUUUAGCUGAAGAUCUGGCCCGCCGACUAUUACCUGCAUUUGAUACUCCCACAGGAAUUCCAUUUGGAUCUGUCAAUCUACUGCAUGGAGUUGAUGAAAAUGAAAGCAAGAUAACAUCAACAGCUGGUGGUGGGACUUUGACAUUAGAAUUUGGAAUACUUAGCCGCUUAACCAACGAUCCUAUUUUUGAGCAAGUUGCGAAGAAUGCAGUGCGUGGAAUAUGGGCCCGGCGUUCAAAGAUUAACCUAGUUGGCGCUCAUAUUGAUGUUUUUACAGGUGAAUGGACACAAAAGGAUGCUGGAAUAGGGACCAGUAUUGACUCUUUCUAUGAGUAUCUGUUAAAGGCUUAUUUAUUAUUUGGAGAUGAAGAAUACUUAUUCAUCUUUCAAGAAGCUUAUGGGGCCGCAAUGCACUAUCUUUUCAAUGAUCCUUGGUAUGUGGAGGUAAAUAUGAAUUCGGCUGCCCUCGUCUGGCCAUUAUUUAACAGUUUACAGGCAUUCUGGCCUGGUCUUCAGGUUUUAGCAGGGGACAUCGAUCCUGCAAUUCGAACACAUACAGCCUUCUUUAGUGUCUGGAAAAGAUAUGGCUUCACUCCAGAGGGUUUUAAUCUUGCGACACUAAGUGUUCAGCAUGGUCAAAAGAGCUACCCACUGCGUCCAGAAUUAAUAGAGAGCACAUAUUGGCUCUACAAAGCUACCAGGGAUCCCAGAUAUCUUGACGUCGGACGGGACAUGGUUUCCAGCUUGCAAUCUAGAGCCCGAUGUAAAUGUGGAUAUUGUCAUAUUUCAGAUGUUGAGUUUCACAAACAGGAAGAUCACAUGGAGAGCUUUUUUCUAGCAGAGACGGUUAAAUAUUUGUGGCUGCUUUUUGAUUUGGCUGCGGGUCCAGAUAACCUCGUAGAAAAUGGGCCAUACAAGUACACCUUCAGCACCGAAGGGCAUCUAUUGCCAGCUACUCCACAAAUAUCUCUAGUACGUGAACAUUGUUCAUAUCUUGGGGCAUACUGUAGAAGCAUCAAUGUGAGACAGGAACACCAUACUCCAGACAUCAGAAUGGAUUCUCAGGAAACUAAUGGCAGUAGAUCUUAUAGAGGUUUGGGUUUCACCAGUAUUUCAUCAGGUUCCACUUUUCAGAAGUCCACUUCUGUAACUGGAUUGAUUAAGGGACUCUGCCCAGGACUAAGUCAUGGGCAGAAGUUUGGCAUAUCAUAUGUUGCUUCAGUAGACACAACUAAUGAGGAUGAGCUUUCGAAGCAAAAGGAGACAACCGUUGUUCCAGGACAUUCAGUGGUGGUUGUUUCUAACCCAAAUGCUGAGACUUCGCCAUCGGAUAUCCGGAAUGAUCAUGACAGUGAUCAAGGACAAGAACCCAGGGAGGAUCAGGGAAUUGCACGACCCAAAAAUGGUGGUUGACUGGGCUGUGUUAGUCAGGCUAUUCGAAGGACGAUAAAUGGUUGCAAUGCAACUUAGGAUCAUCAUGGCCUGAGCAACAUACAGCCUACACUUUCUUGAGCAAAAGACAGUUAAUGCUGAAUGGUGAUUUCGGGGUCUGUUGUGUGGGGAAGGCUUAGGCUUUCAACCAAAAGCCUGAAACAAAUUUGUGUUCAGAGGUUCGAGCAAUUUGGCACCUGUGGGUUCAAAGCUCGAGGUUGGAAAUAUAUACAAGAAUACUAAGAUUUAGUUAACUUUCGUGUAAUUUAGCAAGAGUUAUUUCCAUUUUAUGGGUAUUUAAAGGCAUGUUAGGGGAGGUCUCAUUAGCUGAAAAAGAAACUUGUAAUUAUAAAAAUGCUUGGAACACAAUCCAAAAGGAGAGCAUAUGUUGUGAUUAUUGAAGAGAUGGGCAAGUGUGCAAAAUGUUAAUGAAGCUGGGCCUUGUUUCAGAAAAGGUACGCAUAUAAUUACAUAACAGGUACGAUAAUGUUUAAGCGUAAUGUUGAUCUGGAUUUCUUGGAUUUGGUUAGAAAUCAAUUCUUAUUUUUAUUUUUAUCAUGU